CCAUUCGCUCACCGUACCAGCUUCAGUUCAGUUCCGGAUGUUGCUGUCAAAGAAACAACCUUCUUCUGCAACGCAAUGGGUAGAGAAAGUCAAAUACCAAAAACACAGAGAACCCUACUUCAAGUUCUUGUUCAGUAAUCCCCAGUUUCGAUACGCCGUCUUUCUGUUGGUGUUUCUUUCAUUGUGGUUUAUGUUUCAAGUGUUUUGGUUCCCACCAACAAGAGCCACGCGCCACCUAACGGGGUCGUCGCCUGGGAAAUGCGGUGGGGAUGCUUCGGUUUACGUGUAUGAUUUGCCGGCGGAGUUUAACUUCGGGCUCCUCCGUGACUGCAGCCAUUUGAAUGUUUAUACCGAUAUGUGUCCCCACGUGGCUAACAACGGUCUAGGGCAGCCGCUGGAAAAUAUGGUCGACCUUGGAUCCGGUGAGUCCAGUCCCUGGUUCGCGACCCACCAGUUCAUAGCGGAGAUGAUUUUCCACGCACGUAUGGAGAACCACCCGUGUCGGACCUGGGAUCCGGCGAAGGCCAAUCUGUUUUACGUGCCUUUCUACGGCGGUCUGCAUGUGUCCAGCAAGUUCCGGGAGCAGAACCACACCGUUCGCGACGCUUUAGCCGUGAGAUUGGUGGAUUAUCUCCGGGAACAACCGGCGUGGCGGAAGAACAACGGCAGGGAUCACUUCAUCGCCUUAGGGAGAACCUCAUGGGAUUUCAUGAGAGCCGACGAUGGACCAGAUUUCGGAGCAAACUCUCUUCUCAAUUCGCCGUUUGUGAAAAACAUGUCGGUGCUGACGGUGGAGAGGAAUCCAUGGAAAGGCUCAAAACAACACGGCAUCCCCUACCCUUCAUACUUCCACCCCUCCACGUCGGACCAAAUGCUGACGUGGCAACGCAUGGUUCGGCGGUCAAACCGGCCCUACUUGUUCUCCUUCAUCGGAGCACCGCGUAAGGGAGUAGGUAAAGCCGCCAUCAGAGACGAAAUGAUAAAGCAAUGCAUGGAGUCCACGCGGUGCAAGCUGCUAAAAUGCGACAACGGGAACCCCAAGUGCUACAACCCUAGCGAGAUUCUGAGAGUGAUGAGAGAAUCCCAGUUUUGCUUGCAAGCGCCGGGGGACUCUUUCACCCGACGGUCGACUUUCGACGCCAUCCUCUCCGGUUGUAUCCCGGUGUUCUUUUCGCGGCACACGGCGUACACGCAAUACACUUGGUUUCUGCCCGGCGAGGCCACGGAGUACUCGGUUUAUAUGGAGGAGCAAGGCGAUGAAAGCAAGAGAAUCGAAGAGGUGCUGAUGAAGAUACCUAAGGAAGAAGCGGAGAGGAUGAGAGCUACGGUGAUCGAUAUGAUUCCGAGGAUCACAUACGCACACCCAAAUGCGAGUAACAGCGAUCUUGGUUUUGAGGAUGCGGUGGACGUUGCGCUUCAAGGCUUGGCACGUCAUGUGAGGAACAUAAUACUAUGAGAUGUAUAAUAUGACUUUGAGCC